AUGGCACCUCCGAGAUCUAGGAAGCCCUUGCCGGAGGGUGACGAUGAUCAUAAGUCUCGCUCAGAGCACGGGUCGACAAACACUCCCAAGCCUGCUUCGAAGACCUCAUCCAAACAUCAGUAUUUACCUGCAUCCCCUAGCUCCUCAAUGUCUAGCCACAGACUUCCCAUUCGUGGCAAUGUCCCACCGGUCCCUUUGGACAAGCGCCAGCAGGAAGAGUGGGAUCAACACAAAGCUCAGUUGAAGAGCGAAGCCGAAGGCAAGAAGACCGAGGAAUCUACUGCAUGGAUGCGCAGGAUCGGAACAAAUCCUCAAACAGGCGAAAAGAAAAAGCCUAAGAGCACUGGCUCUAGUAGCAGUGACUCUCCUAUCCGUCGGGUCGAAUCCCCUCCACGAUUCCCGGCCAACUGGACCGAGGAGGAAAAACAAAACGCAGAAAAGUUGACAAAGGAAGGUGUCAAAGUGGCAGUUUACGAGCAACAUCGACUCAACAAAGACCAGAUUGUUAAGCACCAGGACUAUGUCACGAUUGCCUGGGAUGGGUGCAAGAAUAUCGACAUUCCUUGGCAUCGAUUCAAAGUUAGGGCUUCCUCUGUCACCCCCGAGACUGCGAAGAUUCAGAAGCGUGUUGGAUACAACACUUCUGGAAAAGAGAUCGAAGUCAUGAUAAAUGCAUAUCACAUCCAGGCCUUUCCGGCAAAGGCUGUGUACCAAUACGAGAUCAACGUUCUCCAUGGAAACCAAAACGAGACCGAUAAACGGGUUCUCCGAAAGUGCUGGAACAGUGACACUCGAAAGGAACACAUUCCUGAUGGCAUCUGGGAUGGUGGAAGAAUUUGCUGGUCACUGCGAAAGUUCGAAAACUGGAAUGAGGAAAUCGUCUUCAAGAAGGACUUAUCCCGGGAUAUGAAGACCCUUGCCAGCGUCGAAGAGUUCAAGAGAAAUCCCAAAUUCCGAAUGUCUGUGAUUCCAAAGCGCAGAAUCAAUCUCUCGGUCAUCCAUUCUUGGCUGCAAAAUCGGCAUGAUCUGGACGAACUCGUGAUUGAAUCUCUCAGUUUUCUUGACCAUUUGCUUCGCGAAUGGCCCACCAAGCAGUUUGCCGCUAUCAAGCGAGCCUUCUUCUUCGACAAGCUGGGUGAUGACGAAGACUUGAAGCAGGAGUUUUACCAGCCUCUUGCGAAUAUGGGUGCUUCCGUUUACCGAGGCAUCUAUCAAGCUAUUAAACCGACUCCAACCGGUCUAAUCCUGAAUGUCGAUGUUGCCCAUUGUGUGUUCUUUUCUCGCAUUAGCCUCAUGGGUUACAUGAUGAGCUCUAGCAACUUCAGCGACAAGCCGAUGCUAGUGAACAGACUACAGCCUGAACGCGACAAAUCUGGACAUCUCAAAGAGUCAAAAUGGUUUGCACAAGUGAACAAAAAGAUCCAGGGUCUUCGAGUGGCACCCAACUAUGAAGGGUGUCCUUUCAAGAUGAAAACAUUCAUUGUCAAAGGCAUGAUUCAAGCACGGCCUAAAGACUACUUUAUCGACUAUAUUGACAAGGCCACGGGAACCUCAACCCGAAUGCACCUGCAGGAAUAUUUCUUGAAGCGAUACAACAUCCGUCUUGAGUAUCCAAACAUGCUUCUUGUUGAAAUGCAAAAGGAUGAUGUCCACUAUCCAGCCGAAUUCUUGACCAUCAAGGGUCUUCAACGAUACCGGUAUAAGCUGAGUGACGUAGAGUCCGCAGCGAUGAUCAAGUGGUGUGCUACCAGGCCUCCUACACGCUUGGCAAACGCUCGUCAAUCCAAGGAGAUGCUUCAGCAUAAGGAUGAUCCAAUCCUAAAACUUUACGGAAUGAAAAUCAGUGAAAACAUGAUCAAAACUAAGGCACGUCUUCUUCCAAGCCCGGAGAUCCAAUUCGGCGGCAAUCGAAAACACAACCCAGGACACACGGGUAGCUGGGAUUUGCGAGGAAAGAAGUUCUACAAAGGCAAUGAGAAAGCACUCUCGCGUUGGGGUGUCGGCUUUUUUGCCGGGCACCGAAAGUCGAUAAAUCACGACCAAACUCUGCAGUGGGUUGAGCAAUUUGUUAAGAUGUACAAGAGCAUGGGUGGCGAGGUCACUGGUCGCCCCGUCGUGAAGGCUCUGAGCGAGGACAUUGGCAGUGGUGUCAAAAAGCUGUAUGACGAGAUCGCCUCGCGCUUAGAUGGCGAGCCCCAGCUCAUGGUUUUCAUUGUUCCCGACAAGGACUCUUGGGUCUAUCUUCGUAUUAAAAAAUCUGCCGAUUGCCGAUAUGGAACUCCUUCUCAAGUUCUCCAAUCUGCCCAUUGCAUCAGCAACAAGCCUCAGUACCACGCAAAUGUCCUGAUGAAGGUGAAUGCAAAGCUUGGCGGAAUAACUGCUCGAUCUGUUCCCAAAACAAAAGGCUCAAGUCUGCGCCCAGGCUCUAUGAUCAUUGGAGCAGAUGUCACCCAUCCGAUGAUGGGUGUGUGGACGCCAUCAUUGGCGGCAAUGUCUGUUUCGGCAAACUCCACUGCAACCCGUUACAUGGGAGGAUGCGAGACAAAUGGUGACCGAAUUGAGAUCAUCCGAGACAAAGUUGUUGAGUACAUUUUGCAUCCUAUGGUUGCUGAAUGGAAAGCUACUGUCGGAGAUGGCAAGCCUCCAGAGUACGUUUACUACUUCCGCGAUGGUGUGUCUGCAUCGGAGUACCAGAGAAUUAUCCAAGAGGAAGUCCCUUCGAUCCGCUCUGCUAUCGCACAUGCUUGUGGUCAACCGGUGUGGAGUGGAAAGAUGUGUGUGGUGGUCGCCAACAAACGCCAUCACCUUCGAGCAUUCCCUGACCCGAAAAAUCGAGCAUCCUCGGACCCGAAUGGUGCUCCUUUGCCCGGCACUCUGAUUGAUCGUGAUGUCACAAGGAACCCCCGUCCAGUCCACUACCAUGUCUUGCAGGAUGACAUUGGCCUCAAGCCGAAUGACCUUGAGAAUAUGAUCAACGAUCAUUGCUACCAGUACAUCCGCUCGACCACAUCGGUUUCUGUUCAUCCCGCUAUUUAUUACGCACAUCUGAUCUCUGUUCGUGCUCGACACCACGAGGACAUUCCUAUUACCUCCGGCUCCCAGAGCGGUCCAGAGGUGAAGAUGACCAACCCCAAGCCGAAAGAGCCUCGAGCAAAGAGACUGCUCCCUAUUGAGGGCACCUCGAACCGACUGACUCUCGGUAUGUGGUAUGUUUAA